AUGCCAGUUUUAUUCAUUACAUGCCAGCUUUCUACUCUCUUCCGCGUCAUCAUCGACAACACUGCCCUCCUGCAGUACAAAACUGAACUCGCCCUGACAGGCAACCUAGAUGGACCUGACACGCACAUCAGCGUGGCUACGCGUCUUCAGAGGCUACGUAGCUCCCAAAAUGCGUGGAAGACCUUCGGCUGGACUAAGGAGACAUUUGGACCAGUCUUGAAAGAGUCUUGCGCGCACAUAUCGGGAAGCAUCCUCGCGCAGAUGGGCAGCGAUUGCACCAUGAUCUGCAGCCAGCUCCCUUCUCUCAGUCGCAAUAUACCGUACAAGGAGCGGAAGCUUGCCAGCGGAAGGUUUGGGUUCGAGGUCAUCGAGUACGCCCUCGACCAGGGGCAGGAUUUGCUCGUCCUUGUCGAAGAGACGGCGGAUGAAGAACAAUACUUCUUCAACCUUCAUUUGCGCUCACUCGAGUCAAAUGUGCUGCACCCUCUUGGAUCAUCAGUCAAGAUGUCUGCUCCUCUAGGUACCCGCGAGCUGCAGGAAGAUUGUUGCCUCGACAUGAUGAUCUCAGAUGACUACAUCGGCAUGAUGAUCUACGAAGAAACACUGUUGCGGUUCACAGAGCUCUGGAUCUGGAAUUGGAAGACCGGCGAUGUGAAGCUCAAUGUGCAUGGUAACCUCGAGCACGGAUAUUCUUCGCAUUCCUUCAUGUUCAUUGGCACUGGGCAACUGCUAGUGCCUAUAAUUACGACAGCGGACGAUUUCGAUCCAGACGCAGAGGUUAAAGGCGUACUCCCUGUCUUUGACUGUGCCACAACCCGAUCCAGACCCUGCACGUACGAACAUGCCCUAAAGCACUAUGCAACCACCGUCUUUCACCUCCCUGCGACACGGCGAGGGGUUGAAUGCGCCAGACUGGACCUUUUCGGGACACCGUACGCGUCACUCCCUCGCGGAGCGCAUAGGAAACUGGACGUGCCCUACUACGCCUCUCCGGAAGACCAGCUCCUCGCGUUCCGCCUAUGGAUGCUCAAGAGCACUGAUGAGUGGAAACACUACACUCUUUUCGUCUCUAGCAGGACGUUACGUGAUGUCGCCAGGACCACGCGACUCGGUGCGUCACGGAGCGAGAGGACAGUGGUAGUCGAGUGGGAUGCUUGGGCAAGCAUGUCUAGGAUGGUCCCCGAGAUACGUACCAUGCACCAUGCGCAUCUGUCGCAAAUGCGUUGCAUCAUUGCAGAGCCUGCGCCAAGUAGAUCCCACGGACGAAAGCAGGACGUCUUGUGUCUUUACGAGUUUGCCUCGCCGCUGCUGUUGCGCAAAGAGCUGAGCAACCCGGUCUGUCCCGGAAGUGUGGCGGGGGUAGCGGACCUUCCAUUCUACGGCCUAGGGUCCUCAGAGAUUAAUCAUUUAGACGUAUGGACGAAGCCCAUCAAGACCGCCCUCCCCUUCAGGAAGACUGUAUCCAACCUCGAAGUCUCGCAGCAAGAUGGCUAUCAGAUAAACGAGGACUGUAUCAUCUUGCGGAGUGUUCGUCCGAAGUACGUCGUCCACCUGCGAGGGAUGUAUGCCGCAUAUUAUCGUUCUAAGGCUGUCAAGGCUGCCUCACCUCGAGUACGGAUGGUCGAGCUCUCAUACCCUGCGUUCUUGAAGAACUACGGCGAGAAGCCGAUUCUCGACGUGCCGGCGUUCCCGUACGACCUACAGCGCAUGGGCCGCCUGUACGAGCAGGGCGAUGAUAAGCUCCAGCGCACAGUCAGGAUGGCAACUAAGUAA